CGGGACAGAAGAAUGGGGUGAUGAGGAGCAGCCUCUGUUGACCUCAAUGCAGACAACCAGUGAUGGCCACAGCAUCCCCGCAAAAUUCGUUGGAUGACAUAAUCGACUCUGAAGAACAAGGGGAGCACUCGGAGUUCCUGAGCUCUGUGGAAAAGAUAGUUCUCACCAUCUUCCUGUCCAUCAUCAUUAUUAUGACUGUGUUCGGCAACCUGCUGGUGAUGGUGGCCCUGUGCAAAGACAGACAUCUCCGUAAAAAGAAGACAAACUACUUCAUCGUGUCUUUGGCGUUUGCUGACCUGCUGGUGGCGCUGGUGGUCAUGCCCUUUGCCGCCAUCGAGCUGACCACAGGGGAGUGGCACUACGGGGAGAUCUUCUGUUUGGUGCGGACAUCUUUGGACGUGCUUCUCACCACAGCGUCCAUCCUACACCUGUGCUGCAUAGCGUUAGACAGGUAUUAUGCCAUCUGCUGCCAGCCGCUGGUCUACAGACACAAGAUGACCCCGGUGCGAGUGGCUGUGAUGCUCGGUGGCUGCUGGCUCAUUCCCACUUUCAUCUCUUUUUUACCCAUCAUGCAAAGCUGGAACGCCAUCGGCAUCGAGGACAUAAUCGCAGAGCGGCGGGCUUUAGCUGGCGGUGCUAAUGACACCAGCUGUGUGUUCCUGGUGAACUGGCCGUACGCUCUGAUCUGUUCGGCUGUAGCCUUCUACGUCCCUCUGGCACUCAUGAUCCUGGCCUACCAGCGCAUCUACGUCACCGCCAUGAGCCACGUACGCCAGAUCGAGACCUUACAGCGCGCAGGCUCCGCCCCUGUUUCCGGAACGACACCGAUCAUGACUGUGCGAGCAUCCACUUCUUCGGACCCCCUGGACCACUACAGACUCAGGCCACCCCAUGGUGCCGUCCCCUCAGAACACGGUCCCAUGGUGAACAGUCGCAUGAGGAUAGAGACUAAAGCAGCUAAGACUCUGGCUGUGAUCAUGGGCUGCUUUUGCCUGUGCUGGGCACCAUUUUUCAUCACCAACAUUGUAGACCCGUUCAUUCACUACUCAGUGCCCUGGCAGCUGUGGACAGCGUGGUUGUGGCUGGGGUAUAUAAACUCAGGACUUAACCCCUUCCUGUACGCCUUCCUGAACAGGGCGUUUCGGAGGGCCUUUCUGGUCAUCCUGUGCUGUGGGGACGAGCGCUACACACGGCAGGGCAGCCACUCAUAUGGACACACCAACAGAGCGUGCUCCGCCGCAUCGGUCAACGGGACGUCCAUGGCCCUCAGACUGUCCUUCUUACCGAACCGGAGCUACAGUGACAAUGGCCGAACAAUACUGGCCAAUGAACAAGAAUCGCAGGACUCUCUAGGGACACUAUGAGGACAACUUUUGGAAUACAAAACACCACAUGGACUGAAGUACUACUGUGUACUACUACUAAUACUACUACUACGUGUGGAUCAGACAGACUCCUAUUGAACGCCGGGAAGCACUCUGACCAAAAC